CUGAAUUUUUAUUCUUUAUAUUUACCCACAUUUUAUGUGCUAUAUAUAUAUGCCAUUACAAGAMAGUCAAAGGGUUUCCCGUUACUAUAGCAACGUUGUGUAUCUAACAUGGACCUCAAACAAAUUACCUUUUCAUCAUUACUGGACCUCAAACAGCUGUUAUCUCUAUAAGAAUGUUCCAAGUCGAUCCAUCUUAACUUCAAAGAAGAAUAAGAUAUUGGURUUAGAAUGCAACAGGUAUCUAGAACAUUCCAGCAUUCUCAUUCCAUCCAGCCAAGACUAAAGCCGUAUUAUCUGGAUGGAUAUGGUAGUAAAUCUAUCGGUGAGCCUGACUGGAGACCACAUCCCUUGAAUGCUUUAUCUCAUCCUGAUACACAACAACACAGUAAGAUGGGAGGAACAGGAUUGGAUUGGUAUUCCAGUGUUAGAUGCCCCCCACCAUUACCACCAAGAGAGACACGCCAGGCUGUGCACGAAGACUCUACAAAUGACAUCAAAAAAGAAAGAGAACAUGUCAAAACUAAAGAGCCACUGUUAAGACGAGAGAGUCUGGCCACCAGCAAGCCUAUUACCCCACAUAAAUAUGAAGAAGAAGAUGAUGACAGAUAUUAUUACAUGAAACCAUUUGAACUGACUCUUAGAAGAGCAGUAGGAGCUAAAAAGAAAGUAUAUUGUAAGAGGAAUGGUAUACCUCUUGCAUCACUGGGAGACAAAACCUAUCAAGUGCCAGAAUAUUYGAGAGAUUUUCACAAACAUGGCAGUACACGUCCUGUUACAUCAUUUGGGGGUAUUACAAGAUCUGUUCCAGAUACUUUCAUUCCAUUACAAGAUCUACCUCUCAGACCAAGACCAACAUUUGAAGCAAGAAGAAAAGUAUUUGAAAAAGCUCAUGAAAUACAAGAGGUGGUAGUUCUUGAUACAUGGAAGCCAGCACCAGCACUAGUUGCUUCAUUUCAACUCCCUCUGACAGCAUCUCACUUGCUACACUGAUACACUGUCCAACAAACAAUGGUUCAUAUGAUGGCCCAAACUACUACACACCAUGACUCUAGUCAACAACACUGUAGGUUUCCAGGAAAACAUUAAUUUCUUUUUAUUUAUCAUUUAUUAUAACAUUGUGAAGGUGAUGGAAACUAGAGAUAGGGUCAGUAAAACGCAUGACAGACUUUACAAURUGUAGAAACUUUGGAUGAAUUUGCAAAUACCAAUAGCCAUACUUAGACAAGCUUUCAUUGAAUUCAAUCUUUAUUUUUGUAUUUUUAAAAUUUAUUACAUAAAAUGUCAAGAAUGAAAAUAUUUAUUUUGUACAAAAAUAGGAUUAAUAAAAUAAUGUUUUUGAUAAA